AACUCCUGAAUUUAUAACUCCUAUAUAUAAAUGUACCCACCUUGUCCUCUAAUUCACAUGAGCAAGUUGAAGGCUUGAAAGAAUAGAACCAUUUCUCCUUCAAGCUACACUUUGCCUUCUUUUCCUUCAAUUUUUUUUAGUCCCAAUACCAUUUUGGGACUAGUAAUCCACUAAGGAAGUGUUCCUUUUUUUAUCUAACUCCUCAAGAUCAUGGGAAAUUGCUUAAAGCCAUCAGCUAGACAAAGGAAAGAUGAGGAAGAUAUUGAGCAGUAUGAUAAUCAAGAUUAUCAAAAGAAAGAACCGAAGGCUGAUUUUGGGAAGGAAAGCGGUGAUUUUGAUGACAGGAGUGGCCUUAAGGUUAAGAUAGUGCUUACGAAGGAGGAGCUUCAGUGGUUGAUGUUUCAGCUGAAGGUUAAUGAAGGGAAGAAGCUAGAAGAUGUUCUCCUAGAGAUUGAGAGAGAGAGAGAAAGAGGGAAAGUUAAAGCUUGGAAACCAUCUUUGGAGAGCAUCUUGGAGAGCCCUGAAGGGCUUGAGAUUGAAAGAUUAUGAGUCCUCCCUUAAACAGGAACCAGUAACUACAGUAAUACUCUGCUUCUGCUGCAUUUUUUUUUUCUUUUUUGGGUCCUCUUCCACUGAGGUUUUUCAUUUGGGUUAUGCUUCAUCACCCAAAUAAAUAUAUAAAUAUGUUAUUUUUUUCCCCUUUUAUAUACAGACGAUCCAGGGGCAUUUUCCUUUUCUUUUGGGUUCUUAGCUUGGAUAAGGACCCAAAUUUAGAUUGAGGUUUUCCUUCUGUUCUUCUUGAUGAGGUUUCUCUACCUAGACACUACUGAUCUCUGCACUGAUUGUUCUUCCUCUCGUAUACAUUUAUGAAAAAAAUUUAAAUCAAUAA